AUGAAAAAGAUAGCGACAGAAGGAGAGGGCACCAAGUUGGUGUCAAAUGAGGAAGGAAGGGCCAAGAUGGAGGGAGUGGAAAGCCAGCAAGAGAAGAGGUGCAGGCCCGUGGAAAGCCCAGCGAAGAAGCGGAAAGCCAAUAAUGACUCGCAAACACAUGGGACACAUGCGUGCCGAAACCAAACGCAAGGCCCAAGGACAGUUACACUGUUCACAUUUUGCCGCAUCGCGGGGGGCAUUUGUGAAGGGGCAUCAAAGUGGUGGGCCCUUUUGAUCAAGAGCAUCAUUUCUUCCUUUCUACCAGUAGGUGCUCGGUCUUUACAUGUGCCAGGCAUUUUGCAGCAGUGUCUUGUUUGCGUGGACGAUGUGAGUCAAACAAGUCGGGUGUUUUUGGAGCCCGGUCUUAGAGGUGCAAACGAUGUCAGGUGGUCAAUUUUCCAACAACUUGCAGUUCACGUGCCCGGCCCCUGCCCAUCCAGAAAGAUAAGCAGAAGAAAAGUGGGAAAGAUGAAGACGAGCCAAGAAACCUUCUUGUUGCAAUGA